AUGAAAGACCGUUUCAUCCCACACAAUUACAAGCAAAGUCAAUAUGUGAAGUGGAGUACCUUGCAACAAAAUGGGGACUCUGUGGAGGAUUACAUAAAAGAGUUUGAUAGACUUGCUAUUGUGUGUGAAGUAACCGAAAAUGAAGAGCUCAAGAUGGGGCGUUUCGUAUCUGGUUUGGACCAAGAAUUACAAGACAAACUUGAAGGUUAUACUAACCUCACGUUUGUUGAAGCUUGCAAAUUGGUGAUUAAGUUCGAUGCUAAGAGGAAAAAGAAGAAGCCUACUACCAUCCCUCAAUUGGCACGAAAACCUUCUUUCCCUACAAAGGAAGGUUCUUCCUUCAACAAACCAAGUAAUCCACCAAAGAAGGACACCAAGGACGUGAAGCUAGGUGACAUUGUGUGUUACAAAUGUGGAGGACGAGGUCAUUACAAGAAGGAUUGUCCUAAUACUAGGGCGUUAACCAUACAAGAGGUUAAGCUCAUGGCCACUCAAAACAUCAACUGGGAUGAGUUUGAGGAGGAGGAAGAAGAAGUUGAAGAUGAUUGUGAUGAUUGCAUGGCCGAGCCAGAGGGGAAGACUAGCCUCGUGAUUAGGAGGGCCUUGCAAGCACGUGUGGAAGAGGAUGCUGCCCCCCAACGCCAACACAUUUUCAUCACCCGUUGUAGAAUUGGUGACGAGGUAUGUGAUUUGAUUAUUGAUGGAGGGAGUGAGGCUAAUACCGUGUCUAAGACCUUAGUAUCUAAACUUGGUCUAACUACUACUAAUCAUCCACAACCUUACAAGUUGAGUUGGUUAGAUUCAAAUGCUAGCACCGGGGUUAGGAAGCAAUGCAUGGUUUCUUUUUGUGUUGGUUCAUAUUGUGAUUCUAUAUUAUGUGAUGUUGUGUCUAUGGAUGCUUGUCAUAUUCUACUUGGUAGGCCUUGGCAAACUGAUAAAAAAUCUAUACAUGAUGGGUAUCACAAUACGUAUACCAUAGUCCACGAAGGGAGGAAGAAAAAACUACACCCUUUACCACCCCCACGGUUUUCACCAUCACAAACCCCACAAAAAGAAGUAUCCUUGUUGUCUCUUAAAGAGUUUGAGAGGGAGUUGGAAGGUGAGGGAGAGUUGUUCAUGCUAUACUCCAAGGAAACCCACGAAAAAUUUGUUGCUCAUAAUCCUAGGUUAGCCCAAUUGAUUAAGGAUUUUGAGGACGUUUUUCCGGAUGAAUUACCUAAAGGACUACCACCCAUACGAGGAAUUGAGCAUCAAAUUGAUCUCAUUCCCGGAGCACCCUUGCCAAAUAAACCAGCCUAUAGAUGUAACCCUUUAGAAACUAAGGAGUUACAACGACAAAUUGAAGAGCUAAUGGGUAUGGGUUAUGUACGUGAGUCCAUGAGUCCAUGUGCCGUUCCUGCUUUGUUGGUCCCUAAGAAAGAUGGUACUUGGAGAAUGUGUAUUGAUAGUAGAGCCGUUAAUAACAUUACCAUCAAGUACAGGUUUCCAAUUCCAAGGCUUGAUGACAUGCUUGAUGAGCUGAGUGGUUCCAAGGUCUUCUCAAAAGUAGACUUGAGAAGUGGGUAUCAUCAAAUUCGCAUGAGAGAAGGGGAUGAAUGGAAGACUGCGUUCAAGACAAAGCAUGGGUUGUAUGAGUGGCUCGUCAUGCCAUUUGGCCUUACAAAUGCCCCUAGCACGUUCAUGAGAUUAAUGAAUGAAGUGCUAAGGCCAUUUCUUGGCAAGUUCGUGGUAGUAUACUUGGAUGACAUUCUCAUUUAUUCACGUGAUGAAGAAGCUCAUUUUGAUCAUCUUUUUCAAGUAUUUUCUGUUUUAAGACAAGAAAAAUUGUAUGGGAAACUAGAAAAAUGUGAUUUUUUAUUGUAUGAAGUCAUGUUUCUUGGCUAUAUAGUUUCAGGUGAUGGCGUGAAGGUAGACCCUAGCAAAAUUGAAGCAAUUCAAUCAUGGCCUAGUCCAAAGACACUCACGGAA